AUGGAUGCGCCUGCUCCCGCACAUGAGGCACACGAGGCGCAAAAGACCCUCCUAGAGUCGCUCACGGCCCUGGGCAGCGCCGCAUUUGACCUUAGCACGCCAGAUCGUCACGCCGCUCAACAACAGCUCUCAGGUCUACUCCAGAGAACGCCAACGGUGUCGCUCCUACCGGCUCUGAAUGUACUCAUCCAGCCGGGUCGAGUGCCCGAUGGGGUACGCAUUGAGUUCAUGAGCCAGCUGGCUCUGCUUCCGCUCCGAAGCGAUGGCGUGCGCGCCACUCUUGAGUUUGUAUUCUCCGUGCACCCAUCCAAUGCGAACAGCAACGCUUCAGCACCACAAAAGCAGGGCGCCCAGAUCACGCUCGAGGCCCUCAAGAUGGCAACCCGUCUGCUCGCAAGUCCACCAGUGCGGGCAAAUUCGAUUGACUGGUUUCGGGGCAUUGCGCCCCAGCUUCUGGCACUCCUCGAUGGACACGACGGCCUGGAGCUUGCCAAGGUGGCGGCAUACGUGAUCGGCUUCGGGAUCUUGGGCCGCAAGAGUUUUGGCGCGCCAGGCAUGCCUGGAUGGGCCAAUUUUGCGGAACCUAUGCUGCGGUGCAUCGACCCCACGACAAGCCAAACGACGAGUCAACUGCCAGGACAGGGCACGUCCGACAGAGGCAGUGACGGCGUUAUUGAUCUGCGGAGAAAUGCUACUGUGGUUCUUGUAUCCGAAGAUACCCUGGCGGAGGGUCUUCGGCGGCUCCAGACACUGGUCAUCUCACAUCCGAAUCCGGGCUUGACACGACGGCUGCUGAGCCCUGUCGUCUUGCCUUUGUGGGCCCUAUCCUCUUGGUCCAGCGCCUCAAAAAAGUGCGAGGAAGAUUACUGCCAGCCGGCACGCAAUUUGCUUAAAAUCUACCUCAAGAUCUCGACCGCCCCCGACAAGGCGAUGCCGAUUGUGCGAGAUCUGCUGUUUGAAGGAUCGCGAGACGCCGGCCGGCAGCCUCAGUGGCAGUAUCAGGCGACCGAUGCAAAUGAGAACAGCAUUUGCAUUGUGUCAGCCCCGAGCACGCCACCCAAUGCGGCCGAGGUGCUGCAAACACGGUGGAACGAGAUCGGGCCCAAAUCCGACGCCCUUGUGGAGCUCCUGUCAUCCAUCGCUACGGACGACGAGGACAUCUCGUCCGUUUUCCUAGACCUUUUCAGCCGUUGGCUGUCAUCAAAGAAGUCCAGACGGCAACCGGCAAAAGACUUUAUCCUGGUCAAGGAAGAAGACGACAACUACGACAAGCUGCAUGGCGGCUCUGAUAGCAACCCCUUGGUGGACGUUCUGGAAGGCAGCAUGCUGCAGAAAAUGAUGGAAAAGUUUCCCGAGAAGCUCGCCAGCCGGCCAAGCGACAUCCUUGAACUGGUCAGUGGACUUCUGAACCAAGUACAAGAGGCAUCCCUGGCCGAGGACGAGACAGUGCCGCUGCUGAUGAGUCUGUUGAAUUUGGUCGUCACGUCGCCAGGCUUUCGAAAAGCAAAAGCCGAUGCAACGGUGGUCCAAUCCAUCGAAGACUCGCUCGGCAAAAUCAGCAGAGUGUCGGGUACCGAAGACAUUAAUGAGGCGGCCCAGACGGCCAAGAACCUGUUGCUCUUCCUCAAGUACAGAGACGAGAUCGAAGAUCCGGAAGGAGAGAACCGGGCUGGCGCAACAUCUACCGUAAGCCAGCAACAGAUUGAAGAACGAAAGACAUACAGCCUAGCCAUAUCCUACAUCACACAGGCCGAUUCGCCGCCGCCAGUUCGGUCGGAAGGGCUGAAUCUGUUGCAGGGUCUGAUCCUCUCCGACAGCUCCAUUCUGGAUAUCCCUGCGCUGCUGGUGAUGAUGUCGUCCAUGCUCGACGAGAACGAAGACUACGUGAACUUGCGUGUAAUCAAAAUAUUUACGGUAUUGGCGGACAAGCACCCCAAAUCGACCACAAAAGAAUUACUUGACCACUACGUCGACGCCAACGAGAUGAAGGGUGUCGAGUCACGGCUUCGUUUUGGCGAAGCUUUGCUGCAAGUCGUCCAACGCCUCGGCGCCACAUUCUCUGGUGAUACUGCAAAGGAGGUCGGCCAGGCGCUCCUUGAGAUUGCGGGCCGGCGAGGGUUCCGGCCCAAGACAAAGGCCAAGCAGGAGCGUGAGCAGCGUAUGCGUGAUCUCAAGGCCAAACGGAAGGCACCCGGAGGCGACGACAACGCCGAGGACGACGAGGACAUUGACAUAGACGAUGCACUUUUGUCUGACGAAGAACGCAACCGCAACGAGAUCCUCGGCCGCAUCGUCGACGGCUGGGGCAGCAAGCGCGGCAGCGAAGACGUGCGCAUCCGCGCCUCGGCAUUGUCCAUCUUUGCGUUCAGCCUCGACGUCAACAUUGCGGGGCUCGGGGCAACGCUGGCCUCAGGCGCCGUCGACUUGUCGCUGCACGUGCUGACCAUGGAGCCCGAGCUCGAAAAGGCAAUCCUGCGACGCGCAGCCAUUGUACUGAUUCUCAGCUUUGUGCGGGCGCUGCACGACGCUCGGGAGGCGGGGCGGCGUCUCGGGUUUGGCCUCGUACAACAGAGCCAGGAUGAUAUGCUGCGCAUCCUGCAGUACGUCGCCGACACGGACGAGGAUGGGCUGGUGAAACAGCACGCCAUCGACGUGAUUGAGAGCCUGGAGAACUGGAAACUGACGUCUCUGCUGUCGCCGGCGAGCGAGGGCAGCGACACGCUUUCUGGUGUGUCGUCAGUCGGCGGUCUGGCCGGUCUGGCCGGUUUGUCCAUCGACCCGACGAAUAUUGGAACGUCGACGUCGUCUACGUCCGCUUUGUCCAGUCGCCAACCACAACCACCACGUCCACGCAUCGAAGAGAUAGAGUAA